AUGACCAGCAAUUCUCCUGAUGAUGGUGCACCUAGUGGUACUAAACGAACUGCUGAAGAAGCGUUUGGUCAAAAAUUAAUGACGGACGUUCCUGAACAUUUUAACUAUGGUGUUUUCUAUGAUGAUGGUUAUAAUUAUAUGAAACACAUGAAGACUAUGAAGGAAUUUAUUGAAGAUGAGAAUUACGCUAUUGUAGGAGAUGAAGACGACGCAGUGCUACCAGAAAAUUAUGUACCUUCGAUCGUUGAGCCCGUGGUAGAAGACGAUCCUAUAGACGAGGAGUUGGAAAUCUACUCAGAUGAUGAAUUAAUUGCAGAAGUAGGUGAGCUACCGGAUAAUUUUGUUGAACUCGCUGGUGGCAAACAUGUUCGUUUGAGUGAUGAGGAAGAGGAUGAGGAAUCUGUUCACGAGCUUAAACAGAAUAAUAAUCACGGUGUAGAUCUACCGGCUCCCUCUACUUCCUAUCUACCACUUCAUAAAGUUAAAAUGAUGGAGCGUUAUCUCUAUGGGUCCGAACUUUCUGAAGUUCUCGAAUCUCCUUCAGGGUCUUCAAAUGAUGCCAUUGCAAAUGCCACUGCUCGCAAAGGUCGAUCUCUUACUGACUCAGAAGAACUCCUUGAAAAGAAAUUUGACAAUCUUUUGAGGCAAACCAAAUCCAGAAGCGGUUAUGAUGGGCUUUCAAUGGCAACAGGUACUUCAGUUAUGAGUGACAGCUUGCAAACAGUUGUGGAUGCCGAUAGAAUUAUGAUUUCCAAAAAAGUGCCUGACCCUGACGAUUGGAAAUGUUCUGAUUCUCAAGUGAAAGCUGUAACUCUGCAGUCCGUACAGGAAAUGGAUGAACAGGAGGUGGACGAGGAUCCCCUUAAGGACUGGAUAGGAAAAGCUAAAUCUACGGGUUCUAUUCUCACGAUAAAACAAAAUGAUUCGUCUGGGGAAAUCUUCAAUCAACCAGGAAUGCUUGCUAUGCCCAAACAUAAGACGAACGGAAAGGCGAUUAACCCGUCAGAACCUCUACCUUCAAAUCAAAGUGAUGGUUGCAGUGAUUCAGAAGAUGGUGGAUCUCAAGGUAAUGAAGCCAAUCUCCAACGUAGGGUCAAAGGGGAAACCGCAGAGCAAAAGAAGGCACGCAAGGCCGCUAUCAAAGCUCGAAAGCGUGAGAGGCAGCAGGCCAAAAAGAUGAAUAAACUGAAUUUCCGUCAAGAAAAGUUGGCCUCAGCUAAAAUUGGUGGGAAAACUAUUGUAGAUUAA